AGAGAGAGGGAGGAGAAAGCGGGGGGAGAAAAGGGGGAGGCUGUGCAGAAUCAGGGGCAUAGGAGUAAGUUUUCUUUACCCAACAUAAUUGUCACUAGAUCUAUGAUUUGAUAUAGCGUAUCGAAAAUAUUAUGAAACAACAUCAGUCGCAACGAGGUGUUAGUCAACAGAAACAAUGACUGUGAAUUGGACAGAUUUUAUCAGACAAUCGGACACUUUUAUCAUACGAGAGGAGCAAGUGAGAGUACCUGUCGAACACCUCUGCCUCUUUUUAGUGGUUGGCCGCUCGGCAGAGCUCACCUGUCUAAGUAAAUGUUCUGUGCUAGAAGUCAUCGUUCGCUAGUCCAACCCAGUAACAAUUAACCCCCUCCCUUCACCCCAACCCGAGCAAAGUACGAUAUACAUGUAGUGUCUCGGUAAAGUUUAUUGCCUGAAUUCACAUCAUAGACAGAGAAGAAAAAAAAAUAUGUGAUACGGAAAAUGCGGGUUCUUAGGCAGUCCGGGUUCUUUGGCGAGGGCCACUGUACCACGCUCCUUAACUUUAUGGCUUUCUCAUAUCAAAGCUUUUAAGCACAAAAACAAACAGGCCUGUUACAGAAGGCAGGUGGGUGUGCGAAUGUGGCUAGGAGAAUAAACAAACCAAUUAUAACGUAAUGACAUAGAGACCUGGUAUAAUAUUAUGACCUAGAUCUAGAUCAAGAACUAGGCUAGUAUAAUGUCAGAGUCAGUCACAUGGAAGUGACGUCACUUGCUUCGGCAAAGCUGACCGAAGAAGGGCUACAACUCUGAGCUGGACGUUCUUCUACAAGGAAAUAUAACUGUGUUGUCGUUCUUCUCUCAUUAAAUUAUGAAUUGUCCUGGCUUUUUUACUGCAAGUGUGCUUAGCUUGUCUACAUACCAAUAGUCGGUAAGUAGACUAAUUUACAUGCCGACGAACACUAAAAUUAUUCGUUGACUGAGUGUGUGCUCGUCAAUAUUUGGUAUUUUUAAUUUCCGACCGCCAUGACUUGUAUGGCGCCGACCUCUUUCCCUGUCUCCCUUCAACAAAGAGGGGAGCGGCCGUUGUCUUCCACUGGCCUCGGUUUACCGUAAACAAUUUUGUGUCUGGUCUUUUUUAUCCUUUAAUUUGAUGCUGCCAUCUCAGAAUCCAUGAGUUAUGUAGAAACGAAGGUCCAGCAUAGCGUGGUAGUCUGUUGCACAGAUUCUGCCGUCUGUCAUGGACAUGGCAAAGGACUUGCCUCCCUUGACACUGAAGAAUACGACUGCUCCUAAGCUAGUGACCCUGAUUCCUGUCCUUGUUUCCAUGACAACACGUAGAGCUAUUCCUUGCUAUGAUGACGAAAGUGAUAAGCCUGCUUGGUGGCCGGAUGAUAUUCGCUGGACGAACCCAAAGGCUUAUGUACAAGGGGGCACUCAGAACGGACUGCAGAUCUUGAGAAAGUUGGUGCAUAGCUGUUACUCUUACCAUGGUGUUGAGGAGCUCCUCUGCAUGAUCGACAGAUCAGACUAUCAAGACUUGAGUCCUGAUAGUAUGGACAUCAUUCAGUUGACUGAUGAUGGGGACGAUAGCCAUAGCUUCAGCCCAGGGGAUUCUUCUCAAGCAGAGAGUGAUGGGCCUGUGUAUGUGUGCUGUUUCUGUCUGGAGCAGUUCAGUAGCCACGAGGAGGUGAACAGCCACCAGAGCCUGUGCCAGAAGAAGUUUCAGACGUCCUCUCGUGCAGGGAACGCGGCUGUGACAAAAACACCUGAAAAAAAACAAAACUCAGCAUCUCAGCGCUCACCCGUCAAAGCUGUGAGUGUGAGUGCUGUGUCAUGCAGCCCCCCAAAAAGUAACAGUUCCGCCACUGCUGUGGCAGUGUCCUGGCAACCAUCUGUUGUCAAGUCUCAGAGUUCGUCCUCUCAACCAGCUGUUGUCAAGUCCCAGAGUUCAUCUCAUGUGUCAUCCGUCAAAGCCAGCAGUCAGAGUUCCUCCACCUCUCACCCACCCCCAUCCUCCCGUGUGAUCUCUUCCGCUUUAAGUGCAAACAACAAGAAACCAGCUUUUGUUCCAAUACUUAAGACACGAAGUCAAAAACGUUUAGAUCAAAUUAUGGAAAAGCAUAAUUCCAAACGUUUGAUGAUGAAAGAGUGUAAGGAGAUGAAAGACGUGCCUAAGGAGGGUGCAUGGUGGAGUAGGAAGAAAAGGAGAAAGUCAAAACCAUCACGAGUGUCACAUCCUAGUGAUGACUUCUCAAAGCGCUCAUUUAUUUCUGCUUUGGGUUUGGUAGAAAAACGUGUCCUCGAAGUAACCGAAGCUUCCAAAAAGGAGACAGAAGUCGAUCUGGACUGUGAAAUAAUUCUGGUGGAAGGUCCCCUGAGCAGCACGACAUGCACCCCAUCCUCAGCACCUCCUCAGCGUUUGGGGCUUUCCUCACCACGCUCAAAAAGCCUGAUGUCUCAGCUGAGCCGAGACAGCGAGCCGAGCUCUCGCAGGCGAAUCAGCUUCUGUUUUGUGGAGGAUGAAUGGGCAGAUAAGGAGGCUAUGGAGGAGGGCAGAGACCCUCUGGCCACCUCACUGCUCACUUUGGACUUUUCAUCCCCUCUGGGUCAGAGGGUGAAAAAGUAUGUGAAAGGGGAAAGCUGCCUGAAUAUUAUCAAGGACCCUGAUCAGUACUGUCGGACUGAAGAGAUGGAUAAUGGGUACAGUAAGCUUAGAUUUAGAGGGUCAGACUUCCGGGUCACCUAUAGGAAGAAAAGGAGAGCGUCAUCGUUUGUUCACAAAUAUAAGUUCAAUAAGAGAGAUGUGCGUGAAUUUAAGAAAUUGCUGAAGACAGGGCUCAGUGCAAGGACUCGACGAUUACUCCGCUGCAUACCACACUGUAGGGUCAAGCUGAAAAAAAUGAGUGAAACAGAGAUCAGAAACUGGAGAGAACGUACAAUAACAAUUUCCGACAAGAUCUACUAUGACGACGACGUCUGCAUUACUCAGAUCGAUCUGCCAGAGUCUCUUGUGGAAAAAGGCAGUACAAGAGAGAACUUGGCCUCAAAUUCUGCUUUUCCCCACCUGCAGCGACAUCUGACAACUCCUUCUAACCAGGUCCAGCGACCUUCCACAGCCACUCAGCGUCCUGCAGCUUCUCAUCGCCACGUUCCAUGUCCGUCCAACCAUAGAUCACUCAGCUUGCCACAGGCAAACUCUCAACCCCAUGUUCCAAAUAUUUUUAGGAACCGACAAGGUUAUGCUCCCUCUCCCCCUCGGCAGGGCCCACAACUUCAUCGACACUUGACCUCUGCUAAUCCACAAAGGGUUUCAUCCCCAAUGCCUUCACAAAGUAACACAUCGCAAAGCCAGUCACAGGUAAAUAGUUGCUCUGUUGUCUCUCAAAGUCUGACAAAGUCCGUUGCAAAGGAAAACCCUCACCCUGACAAGAGUCAUCCUGAGCAAACUCAGCCCACAUCUUUGAAUAACUUGAGUUCUGCUCCACCCAGUGUAAAUCACACUGAAGCUCUCAGGGAAAUCAUGUUAGGAAAGACAUCUUCAAAUUCGCAGAGUCCGAAUAGUAGAAGAAAACAGCAGUUGAAUGAUGUUAGGACGGAGGAUUUUGAACUGCCUCACAAGCAGAGUACUGACAGCCCAGACUGUGUACCGCCUCCGGCACAUCAGGUCAAUCCGUUCAGCAUGCUGAGCGUGAACCACAACACUUUGAAGUCUCCUCUACCCGCACAUCAAGCGAGCUUAUCUCAUCGGGCCGGCUCAAACCCCAUGAGCACAUUGUCAAACACUCUUCCUCAAUCGUCCUCCUCGUCCUGUACUCAUCGUAAGCAUAACACUCAUACUGAAUCCCCAAGCCAAGCGCAUCAUCAUAAGUCCCACAAUGUGGUCAUGACCUCUAGUGACUCUUCAGAAAGACACAGUUCUCGCAGUGCCUCUGGCAAAUCCUGUGUAAACCCCACAUCCAGCUCACAGUCUUCGCAUGGUAAACACUCAAGGAUACUGCCGCGGAGUAACCAUGUCACCUCCACAGCUGUUGUUGAACGUACCCGUGAUUUGCAUUUAGAAAUGAGUAAAGUUAUUCCAGCUCCUCCAGUGGUGAACAACUCGAACCUAGAUGAUGACGAUGAUGAUGUACUUGAAGUAAUAUGCAUAGAUGACUGAUUACUAAUGUGACACGAUUAUGUUCACCAUUGGCAACAUAACCCAGUUUUUUUUUCACUCAGGAAGUAGAUUGUUUUUCCAAGUUGUGAAGAACAUUGUGUUGUUUGUUUAGACACGUCAUAUUGAUGUAAAAGAGCUUGAUGUGUUGUAAGCUCAUGCGGUUGGGGACAUGACUUUCGUUGUUGUUUUUUAAAAUCCUAUUCAUUCCUGUACGCAUUUGUAAUUAUUUUGUACAACAGUGUUUAGAGCAGGUCUUGGUCUAAUACAUCACAGUGAAUUCUUUAAGGUUGUCUUUUUUGGUAACAUGUCAUUCAUUUUAUUCUUUGAGAAGGUUAAAAAUAUCAAUGUUAGUGUUACUGCCCAGAAUAGGUUACUAAAAUCUUCAUGAAAACGAAACUCAACAAGGAUAUAAAAUUUCCCUCAGGGAUAAUAAAGUAUUAUCUUAUCUUAUAGCUUUCUUUAUUGCUGGUUUUCUGAUUUUAAGUAUUGAUAGGAGUUUAAAGUUGGGAAAUGUCCCAAAUAUGUUAAAAGAAUUUAUACAGUUACAUGUCACUGAUAGUUACAGAUGGCAUGCACACUAUGUAAGUGAGUGAAAUUUUUUCAGACUUUGUGUUUCUCGAUACAUGUAGGCUGGUAAGGUUUUUUUUUUUUUUUAAGUCGUAUUCUGUCAACUUUAAAAUUAGCUCUCUUAAUUUACAGCAUUUUCAGAAUUGCAAACUCUCAUAUAUCUCUGCUCAUAUUCAACCUAUUGUCAUAAAGCAAACAUCAAAUUAAGGAGAAAUGAAUGAUCCAAAAAGUAAACAUUCAGUUUGAUUAUAUAGAUCAAGAUGAAUUAGCUGAGGUUUGGUUCCUUUUUGUAAUGACUGCAAACAACCGAAUGAGGUUGUGGGCCAGCUGAACUGGCAUGCCGUAUACUACAAGUUGAACUUCAUGCACACCGGUUCUGUAGUCUGAUCUGGUGACUUUAAGCAGAACCCAUGAUGUGUGAGAUGAUGUGCUUUCAUUGUGAGUUGUGCGUUAUCUGUGAGGUGUGUGUCUACUGAGAGAUGCGAAUUCUCUGUGAGGUGUGCACACCCGCUGGGUUGUGUGCGUUCACUAUGAGAUGCGGGUUCGCUGUGAAGUGCACAUGUCCACUAUGAGAUGUGUAUUCACUGUGAAGUGCUCGUGUCCACUGUGAGAUGUGUAUUCACUGUGAAGUGCACAUGUCCACUAUGAGAUGUGUAUUCACUGUGAAGUGCACAUGUCCACUAUGAGAUUUGUAUUCACUGUGAAGUGCACGUGUCCCCUGUGAGAUGUGUAUUCACUGUGAAGUGCAUGUGUCCACUGUGAGAUGUGUAUUCACUGUGAAGUGCUCGUGUCCCCUGUGAGGUGUGCAUGUCCACUGUUGUAUGUAUUCACUGUGAGAUGUGCAUCCGCUGUGAUGUGUGUGUUCACUGUGAGCUUGGCUGUAUUGUCUGUGAGCUCACUUUGAUAUUAUAUGUGAGGCAGCAUGGUGGAAUCAGGCUCUCAUCAAUUUUUGGGCAUGUAGAGUUAUUUAU